AUGUCGUGUCACCCAUUUUCUUUUUCUCAUAUCACAUCUCAGAGUUUCACUUUUCCACUCAGCUUCUUCUCUCUUCUUCUUCCACAGAAUGAGGAAGAUGGCGACGGUUAUGACGUUUCCGGCGAUUUUACAACGAUAUGCGAUAUCUCGGUGGUGGAUCUUGGUAAAAAAAGGGGACUUGAGCUUUACUUUAAGAUCCUGGCUUGUGGAAUUCGACAUUCACCUUGA